GGCUUGUACUGCGACAUCCGACAGCUGGUCCAGUUUAUCAAGGAGGCUCAUGGGAAUGUCUUUCGCAGAGUGGCACUCAGUGCCCUCUUAGACAGUGCUGAAAAGUUAAUACCAGGGAAAAAAACAGAGGAACCGGAGCAAGAGCCAAAACCUUCUGGGAGCAAAAGAUCCGAGGUGGGAAACGUCAUUGACAAAGGCCAGGCGUCAGCUGCCACCGAUGAAUGCCGUAGUUACGUCUCAAGCCGGCCAAUGCAAACUCCAGAACAUGAUGAGCAAAACCAAGGGGCCGUUCUGGGACGCAAGGACUUCUGGCGAAAGAUGUUCAAGUCACAGAGUGCAGCGAGUGAUACCAGUAGUCAGUCUGAGCAGGACACGUCCGAGUGCACCACUGCUCACUCUGGGACCACCACAGACAGGCGCUCCCGCUCCCGUUCCCGACGAAUCUCCCUUCGAAAGAAACUCAAACUCCCUAUAGGGAACUGGCUGAAGCGCUCCUCCCUCUCUGGCCUGGCUGAUGGGGUGGAAGAUCUUCUAGACAUCAGCUCUGUCGACCGUCUGUCUUUCAUCAGGCAGAGUUCCAAGGUGAAGUUUACCAGCGCAGUGAAGCUGUCAGAAGGAGGGGGGCUAGGAGGUGGCAUGGACAACGGCCGAGAUGAAGAGGAGAAUUUCUUCAAGCGUCUUGGUAAAUGGCGCACCUGCCGAAGACACCCAUCCAAGCUUCAUCACACAGAAGAAAAAGAUGGUGGCCAUAGCUUUGAUGAUCACUUGACCUCCAACCAAGAAGGAGGAAAAUCCAAGAACGUUGUGAACCUGGGAGCAAUCCGCCAAGGCAUGAAGCGCUUUCAGUUUCUCCUGAACUGCUGUGAACCAGGCACUAUCCCCGAUGCCUCCAUUUUGGCAGCAGCCCUAGACCUUGAAGCUCCUGUAGUGGCGAGAGCAGCCCUGUUCCUCGAGUGUGCACGCUUCGUCCACCGCUGUAAUCGUGGCAACUGGCCCGAGUGGAUGAAGGGCCACCACGUGAACAUUACUAAGAAAGGCCUGUCCCGUGGGCGUUCUCCUAUUGUGGGCAACAAAAGGAACCAGAAGCUACAGUGGAAUGCAGCUAAGCUCUUCUACCAGUGGGGAGAUGCAAUCGGUGUCCGCCUCAACGAGCUGUGCCAUGCUGAGAGUGAGAGCCCUGCCAACCUGCUGGGCCUCAUUUAUGAUGAGGAGACCAAGAGGCGCCUGAGAAAGGAGGAUGAGGAAGAAGACUUUUUAGAUGACAGUAAGGAGACUCCCUUUACUACAAGAACCCCCGCUUGCACUGUGAACCCUACCAAAUGUUGUUGUCCUUUUGCACUGAAAAUGGCAGCCUGUCAGCUUCUCCUGGAGAUAACCACUUUCCUUCGAGAGACCUUUCCCUCCUUGCCCAGGCCACGUACUGAGCCUCUUGUGGAUCUGGAGAGCUGCAGGCUGCGUCUGGAUCCUGAGAUGGACCGACACAGGUAUGAAAGAAAGAUCAGCUUUGCUGGGGUUUUGGAUGAAAAUGAAGAUUCAAAGGAUUCUCUGCACAGCAGCAGCCACACUCUCAAAUCUGAGGCUGGCUUCGAGGAGAAAAAAGUUCCCAGCAGGAAGAUCAGGAUAGGAGGCUCCCGAUUGCUCCAGAUUAAAGGAACCCGCAGUUUCCGGGUGAAGAAGGGGGGUUCCCUUUCCAGCAUUCGCCGGGCCGGCAGCCUAAAGAGCACCAAGUUAUCACGGCAGGACUCAGAGUCUGAGAAUGAGGAGCUGCAGCUGUCCCACAGCAGGGACACUGUCACUGAUAUAGAAGGGAGCCCUUGGAGUGCAAGCGAACCUAGCAUUGAGCCCGAGGUGCUGAGCAGCACAGGCACGGAGGAGAACUAUCAUCGGAACAUGUCGUGGCUGCAUGUUAUGAUCCUGUUAUGCAACCAGCAAAGUUUCAUAUGUACCCACAUUGACUACUGUCACCCACACUGCUACCUCCAUCACAGCCGGUCCUGCGCUCGCCUUGUCCGGGCCAUCAAACUGCUGUAUGGAGACACAGUGGACUCUCUGCGAGAAAACAGCACAUUGAACAGUGUGGCAAGAGGCAAAAAGCAAAAGGAAUGCUCAGACAAGUCAUGCUUGAGAACUCCUUCUCUAAAAAAGAGAGUGAUUGAUAUCAACUUGGAAGGCAAGAAGGACUCUGGAAUGUUAAAAUAUAUCAGACACCAGGUAAUGAGCCUCUCCCCUGCACCUUUGUCACUGCUAAUCAAGGCAGCUCCUAUCCUCACAGAAGAGAUGUAUGGGGACAUCCAGCCAGCAGCGUGGGAGCUCUUGCUCAGCGUGGAUGAGCACAUGGCUGGAGCAGCAGCUGCCAUGUUCCUGCUGUGUGCUGUGAAAGUGCCAGAGGCCGUUUCUGACAUGCUGAUGUCCGAAUUUCAUCACCCAGAGACAGUGCAGAGACUGAAUGCCAUUCUCAAGUUUCACACACUCUGGAGGUUUAGGUAUCAAGUCUGGCCAAGGAUGGAAGAGGGAGCACAGCAGAUCUUUAAGAUCCCUCCUCCAAGCAUAAACUUCACUCUGCCUUCUCCUGUCCUGGGGAUGCCAUCUGUGCCAAUGUUUGACCCGCCCUGGGUCCCUCAGUGCAGCGGGAGUGUGCAAGAUCCCAUAAAUGAAGAUCAGUCGAAGUCAUUUUCAGCCAGAGCUGUGUCACGUUCCCAUCAGCGAGCGGAGCACAUCCUGAAGAACCUGCAGCAGGAGGAAGAGAAGAAACGCCUGGGCAGGGAAGCCAGUCUCAUCACUGCCAUCCCCAUCACUCAGGAAGCCUGCUACGAGCCAUCCUGCACACCAAGCUCAGAGCAGGAAGAAGAAGUAGAAGAAGUUGCCAACCUGGCCUCCCGCCGCCUCUCUGUGAGUCCUUCCUGCACCUCCAGUACAUCUCAUAGGAACUAUUCUUUCCGCCGUGGCUCGGUCUGGUCAGUGCGGUCAGCAGUCAGUGCAGAAGAUGAAGAACACACUACAGAGCAUACUCCAAACCAUCAUGUGCCACAACCGCCUCAAGCUGUGUUUCCAGCAUGCAUCUGUGCAGCAGUGCUCCCUAUUGUCCAUCUGAUGGAAGAUGGAGAAGUCCGGGAGGAUGGAGUAGCUGUAAGCGCUGUUGCUCAGCAGGUCCUGUGGAACUGCUUAAUUGAAGACCCCUCUACAGUUCUGCGCCAUUUCCUUGAGAAGCUCACAAUCAGCAACCGACAGGAUGAGCUGAUGUAUAUGUUAAGGAAGCUUUUGCUGAACAUUGGAGACUUCCCUGCCCAGACAUCUCAUAUCCUCUUUAACUACUUGGUAGGACUGAUCAUGUAUUUUGUACGCACUCCGUGUGAAUGGGGCAUGGAUGCCAUUUCUGCCACACUUACCUUCCUUUGGGAAGUGGUAGGUUAUGUAGAAGGGCUGUUCUUCAAGGAUCUCAAACAGACUAUGAAGAAGGAACAAUGUGAAGUGAAGCUGCUGGUGACUGCCUCAAUGCCAGGCACAAAGACCCUUGUCGUGCAUGGACAGAAUGAAUGUGACAUCCCAACUCAGUUACCAGUCCAUGAGGACACACAGUUUGAGGCUCUUCUGAAGGAGUGUUUGGAGUUUUUUAACAUACCUGAAACACAGUCUUCUCAUUACUUUUUAAUGGAUAAGCGAUGGAAUCUUAUUCAUUACAACAAGACCUACGUCCGUGACAUUUAUCCUUUCCGGAGGUCAGUUUCUCCCCAGCUCAACCUGGUGCAGAUGCAUCCAGAAAAGGGUCAAGAGCUCAUUCAGAAGCAGGUGUUCACCCGCAAGCUAGAAGAGGUGGGGCGGGUGUUGUUCCUCAUAUCCCUGACACAGAAAAUCCCUACUGCCCACAAGCAGUCCCAUGUAUCUAUGCUUCAGGAAGACCUCCUCCGCUUGCCUUCCUUUCCCCGAAGUGCCAUUGAUGCUGAGUUCUCACUCUUCAGCGACCCCCAAGCUGGGAAAGAACUGUUUGGUCUGGACACUCUUCAGAAAAGCUUGUGGAUUAAGCUGCUGGAGGAGAUGUUCCUUGGCAUGCCCAGCGAGUUCCCCUGGGGGGAUGAGAUCAUGCUGUUCUUGAACGUCUUCAACGGUGCCCUGAUCCUGCACCCUGAGGACAGUGCCUUGCUGAGGCAGUACGCUGCCACAGUCAUCAACACAGCUGUGCACUUUAACCACCUCUUCUCCCUCAGCGGGUACCAGUGGGUCCUCCCCAGCAUGUUGCAGGUAUAUGCUGACUAUGAAAGCAACCCACAGUUACGCCAAGCGAUUGAGUUUGCGUGCCGCCAGUUCUACAUUCUGCAUCGCAAGCCCUUUAUUCUGCAGCUGUUUGCAAGUGUGGCCCCUCUCCUGGAGUUCCCUGAUGCUGCAAACAACGGAACCAGCAAAGGAGUGUCAGCUCAGUGCCUGUUUGACCUGCUGCAGUCUUUAGAAGGAGAUACUCCAGACAUUUUGGACAUCUUGGAGCUGGUGAAAGCAGAAAAGCCUCUCAAGUCGUUAGACUUCUGCUAUGGGAAUGAAGACUUGACCUUUUCCAUCAGUGAAGCCAUCAAGCUGUGUGUGACAGUGGUGGCCUAUGCUCCUGAAUCAUUCAGAAGCCUCCAGAUGCUGAUGGUCUUGGAAGCGCUGGUUCCCUGUUACUUGCAGAAACUGAAACGACAAACUUCUCAAGUGGAGACUGUGACAGCAGCUCGAGAGGAGAUCGCUGCUAUGGCUGCCCUUGCCACCUCUUUGCAGGCCCUCUUGUACAGUGUAGAAGUUCUCACCAGGCCUAUGACAGCCCCACAGAUGAGUCGAUGCGACCAAGGCCAUAAAGGGACCACAACAGCAAACCACACCAUGUCAGCAGGUGUGAACACCAGGUACCCAGAACAGGGAGCCAAACUACACUUCAUCAGAGAGAACCUUCACUUAUUGGAGGAGGGCCAAGGUCUUCCCCGAGAGGAGCUGGAUGAACGAAUUGCCAGAGAGGAGUUCAGGAGACCGCGGGAGUCAUUGCUGAAUAUCUGCACAGAGUUUUACAAGCACUGUGGUCCGAGGCUGAAGAUUUUGCAGAAUCUGGCUGGUGAGCCCCGAGUGACUUCUCUGGAGCUGCUGGAUGUGAAGUCCCACAUGAGGUUGGCAGAAAUUGCACAUUCCCUGCUGAAACUGGCACCUUACGACACACAGACGAUGGAAAGCCGAGGUCUCCGGCGCUACAUCAUGGAGAUGCUGCCCAUCACUGACUGGACAGCUGAGGCGGUGAGACCUGCCCUUAUCCUCAUCUUAAAGAGAUUGGAUCGUAUGUUCAAUAAAAUUCACAAGAUGCCUACUCUGAGGCGCCAGGUUGAGUGGGAGCCUGCCAGCAAUUUGAUUGAAGGGGUUUGUUUGACACUUCAGAGGCAGCCAAUCAUAUCCUUCCUGCCUCACCUUAGGUCUCUGAUCAAUGUGUGUGUCAAUCUGGUGAUGGGAGUGGUAGGACCCUCCAGUGUGGCUGACGGAUUACCCCUUCUUCAUCUCAGCCCUUAUCUCUCGCCACCUCUGCCCUUCAGCACAGCUGUUGUCCGGCUUGUAGCAUUGCAGAUACAGGCUUUGAAAGAAGAUUUCCCCCUAAGCCAUGUCGUCUCCCCAUUCACCAAUCAGGAAAGAAGGGAAGGAAUGCUUUUAAACCUACUGAUUCCAUUUGUGCUCACAGUAGGAUCUGGAAGCAAAGACAGUCCGUGGCUGGAGCAGCCUGAAGUCAUGCUGCUGCUCCAGACUGUUACCAAUAUCCUCCUGCCGCCUCGCAUCAUCAGCACUUCCCGCAGCAAGAAUUUUAUGCUGGAGAGCUCCCCUGCCCAUUGCUCCACCCCAGGGGAUGCAGGGAAGGACCUGCGGCGGGAAGGGCUUGCAGAGUCCACCAGCCAGGCUGCCUACCUGGCCCUGAAGGUGAUCCUUGUUUGCUUUGAACGCCAACUGGACAGCCAGUGGUACUGGCUGAGCCUGCAAGUCAAAGAGAUGGCACUGCGGAAGGUGGGAGGGCUGGCCCUGUGGGAUUUCCUCGACUUCAUCGUACGAACACGGAUCCCUAUCUUUGUGCUCCUUCGGCCCUUCAUCCAGUGCAAGCUGCUGGCCCAGCCGGCUGAGAACCACGAGGAGCUGACUGCCCGACAGCACAUUGCCGACCAGCUGGAGAGACGGUUCAUACCGCGCCCGCUCUGCAAGAGCUCCCUCAUUGCCGAAUUCAAUAACGAGCUGAAGAUCCUGAAGGAGGCAGUGCACAGCGGAUCUGCUUACCAAGGGAAGACAUCUGUCAGCACCGUGGGCACCUCCACCUCUGCUUACCGCCUGAGCUUGGCCACCAUGUCCCGCUCCAACACUGGCACUGGGACAGUCUGGGAGCAGGACAGCGAGCCUUCCCAACAGGCCUCACAGGAUACGCUGAGCCGCACAGAUGAGGAGGAUGAAGAAAAUGACUCCUUGAGCAUGCCCAGUGUGGUAAGUGAACAAGAAGCAUACCUUAUGGGUGCCAUUGGGAGGAGGCGGUUCUCCAGCCAUCUCUCCAGCAUGUCUGCACCUCAGGCCGAGGUGGGCAUGUUACCCAGCCAAAGUGAACCUAAUGUCCUCGAUGACUCCCCGAGCCUGGCCACUGAGGGCAACCUCUCUAGGGUGGCAAGCGUGCAGAGCGAGCCGGGACAGCAGAACCUUCUUCUGCAGCAGCCCCUGGGGCGGAAGAGAGGCCUGCGGCAGCUUCGACGGCCACUGCUGUCACGUCAGAAAACUCAAACUGAGCCUCGUAGCCGUCAUGGAGCUCGACUUUCAACCACGCGGCGGAGCAUCCAGCCAAAACCAAAACCUAGCGCGGAGCAGAAGCAGUCAGUGACUUUCACUGAAGCCCAGCCUGAGACAACAGCAGCCUCCCCAGGGGACCCGUCGGCUCCAGCAGCCCAGCAGCAGGGCCCACCGCCCGCGCCGAGGUACGCCGGCCACGGCAGCCCCACGGUGACCAGCAGGCAGGAGCCGCUAGGUAAACCUGUGCUGACUUCCUCACCAGCCAUCGUUGUAGCUGAUCUCCACAGCCAGAGCAGCGGCCAGAGCGAGGCCCUUUCUGCUGAGAAGGAGAAGGAGAAAGAGGAGGGCUUGGAGUCGCGGCCAACAGCAGCACAAAGCACCCCACCCACGCAGCUCUCUGACACCGAGGACUACGCUGGCCUCGAGACCACCAGCUUGCUGCACCAUGGGGACACUGUCCUUCACAUCAGUGAGGACAAUGGGAUGGAGAACCCCUUGCUGGCCACUCACUUCAGCUUCACGCACGUGGAGCUUGGGGAGACUGACGUUGAUCUAGAUGAAUCUCAUGUUUAA